CUCUCCCGGAUCUCGCUCUGCGGCUCUGCCAAACAGAAGCAUAGAAAGACGGGACUGGGAAGGAAUUCUAUCUCCAAGUGGGGUUUUUCGGUAAUUUGAAAUCCCGCAAGAACAACUAUAGAGUCUCCCGCCAAAAGUAGACUACAUUUCGUGAACUGAACGAUCCACUCCACAAUCCACAUCGCUUCUUCAGUCUUUCUCCUGACAAGAACGCAAGAAAGAGGUUUCAACAUGUCAAAGAAAAGAGGGCUUUCUUUGGAAGAUAAACGUGAACAAAUUCUUAAAAUCUUCUAUGAAUCUCAAGACUUCUUCCUUCUUAGAGAACUAGAGAAGUUGGGCCCCAAGAAAGGUGUUAUCAGUCAGUCUGUGAAAGAUGUUGUGCAAAGUCUGGUGGAUGAUGACCUUGUUUUGAAGGACAAGAUAGGCAUCUCUGUUUACUUUUGGAGUCUUCCAAGUUGUGCUGGAAAUCAGCUGAGGAAUGUGCACCGCAAACUAGAAUCUGAUCUUGAAAUUGGUACGAAAAGGCUUCCAGAACUUAUGGACCGGAGGGAUGGAUUAAAGAAGGGCAGAGAGGAAUCUGAUGAGCGAGGGCAGGCCUUGGAUGAGUUGAAAGCCAUUGAAGUCAAGUAUAACGAGCUGAAGGAUGAAUUGGGGAGAUAUGCUGACAAUGAUCCAGCUGCCCUUGAAGCAAUGAGUAAUGCAAUUGAGGUUGCCCAUGCAGCAUCUAACAGGUGGACAGACAAUAUCUUCACAGUAAGGCAGUGGUGUUCAAACAAUUUUCCCGAAGCCAAAGAACAACUUGAACACAUGUACAGGGAGGUAGGAAUAGCAGAUGACUUUGAUUAUUUGGAGCCCUCAGUGUUGCUCCCACCCAACAUAGUUGGUGAUUAGAUCCUGAAAGGUAUCUAAAGGAGUAGCUAUAGAUCAAGGAAUAGCUUAUGUGCUCAUGCUGGCUGCCCUGGUGCUCACCUACAUUAUUCAUUAAAACUCUUAUAAAGCAGGGAUGUGGAAAGAGAGAUUGAUAGAUAGAUAUGUUAAGUUCCUGGCAUUCAAAACAGAUUUUUUUUUUCUUGUUUUCUUUUUUAAAUCUUCCCCUCUUGUUUUCUGCUUGGGGAAUUUCUUGUUGUUCCAAUUUCAUCAUGACUUUAAUAACCCUAAAUCCUUUUUCCUCCUUUCUUUAGCUUUCUUUUCCUCAUCUCCCCAUUUGAGAAGGCUCAAAAUAAGCAGUUGUGAUGCUUCUAUCAAAUUUAUGAUUACCUUGUAAUAAGUCAUAGAAAGCUUUUUUGAAGUA